AUGGAAAACUUUCCUCGUCUUCGCGAGGAAACCGAACGCAUUGUGAAUCACUGGAUUCGAGAACGUGAAGUUCGAGCCAAAGAGCAAAUUGUUCUCCUGGUCGAUAUUCAACUGUCUUACAUGAAUACAAAUCACGAGGACUUUAUUGGAUUUGCUAACGCUGAACAACAGUCUUCAGAAACCACAAAAAUCAAACCGGGAGACAAAGUCAUUCGUAAAGGAUGGUUGUCACUGCAGAACGUUACCAUUCUUCGUGGCGGGAGCAAAGAAUUCUGGUUCGUUCUGAAUACGGAAACAUUAACAUGGUACAAAGACAAUGAGGAGAAGGAAAAGCGUUAUGUCCUCUUAUUAGACGGACUCAAGAUUCGUGAUGUGGAAACUGGCUUCUUUGGCAAAAAGCACGUGUUCGCUUUGUACUAUCCGGACUCCCGAAAUGUGUACAAAGAUUAUAAACAGUUAGAACUGUGCGCAGAGUCAUCCGAGUCAGUCGAGUCGUGGAAAGCAUCGUUUCUACGAGCUGGUGUGUAUCCGACGAAACCGAAAUCGGAGAAGAUUGAUGAGCAGGUGGAUAAUUUGUCUUUGGAUGCUGCUGAUCCGCAAUUGGAACGUCAAGUGGAAAUAAUCCGGAAUCUGGUUGAAUCCUACAUGAAAAUUGUGCACAAAACACAACGUGACUUGGUCCCUAAAUUGCUUAUGCACAUGCUUGUGAACGAGAUCAAGAACUUUCUCAAGGGUGAAUUGUUGCCCAAUCUCUAUCAAGCUGGAGACUUGAACACACUGAUGACUGAGUCGCUUGGCGUUCAACAGAAACGUGAGGAAAUGAUACGAGUUUACGAUGCAAUGAAGGAGGCGCUGAGCAUCAUCGGUGAAGUGUCCAUGUCGACUGUAUCCACUCCACUUCCUCCCCCUGUGAAUGACGACUGGCUUCAGGUCGAGAACAAUUUGUCACCCUCAGGUGGCGGCUCUAUCGGACCACCUCCUCCCAGCCCAGGUGGUAAUCGACGACCUCCUCCACCUCCACCCGGUGCUUCAAUGGGUGGAAAAGUUCUCACCCCACAAGUUGCUUCACGACCCGCUCCAUCGGUCCCUGGUCGAGCACCUCCUGUUCCGAACGCGAAUUUGCCUUCACCGUUAGUUCCACAGCAGGUCCACCCGGUCGAACCUGCCAUCCUCUCGCGAAAUGCGAAUUCCACUCCAGCAUUCAAUUUCGGGCCCCCCUAUCCGUUGAUUCCACCCGCCAUUCCAGCGUGA